UUUUAGCUCUAGACAUGGGAAAAACGAGGAGACUUGAUGGUGAUUCAGUUCUUGGUGAAACGGAUUCGAGCGAUACUGUUCUAAAUUCGAAUGCUGUCACUUCGACUAGUUUAUGUAGUAUAGGCAAAGAUGAGUAUGAUGUUUGGUUGAUCAGGAAGCCCACAAAGAUUCCGUUGAGUGAUUUGUCGUCGAUCAAAUUUCCUCACAAAGCCAAGAAUCGAAUAAGACUUGCAAUUCCGUCUCGAUCCGAUGCAGUACCACUGAACUGCCAUUUUCGCCAUUGUGCUUUACCCUAUGUUUAUAUCCCAACUACUGGUAUUAGAACUCAGAAGGAUGCUAUGACACUCAAAGCCACAAAUUUGGUGAAAGGAGUUGUGCUAGUGAACGAGAAACUCGAUUUUUUAGAUGAUAUUCUCACGAAUGACGAUAAUAUUACUGUCAAACAAGAACCUGGUGUGCCGUUGGAAAAUGGGAUACAUGAGAUGAAUUUCAGAAUUCAUUCAAUUCGCAAAAAGCCGCACUUACCAGUUGAUAAUAUAAAGCAACGAUUGAAACCAUUUGGCAUUAUUCCUAAAAAGAAAAAAAGUUGUAAACUCCCAAAUUUGAUCAAUUCUUAAUGAUAAUUGGGAUUGUUCUUGUUACAUUACCUUAUAUGAAUAAAAGUAAGCAAGAAAUUAGUGAAAUUCACGGAAAAAUCAUGAGAGAUCUGUCACGC